AUGAAUGAAGCGGUGGAUCAACCUUCAGCAGAACAACAACAGCAACAAGAUUCAAAUGGAACAACGACUAGUAGUAGUAAUAGUAUAAAUACAGUAUCAGCAUCAGCAACAACACAAGAAGAGAUUGAUUUGGAAGAGGGUCAGAUUGAUGAUGAACAAGACAGCAGCAGUCUCGGUGACACCACCACCAAAGAACUACUAGUUGACGAAAAGAAAAAGUCAUCUAAUAAUAAUAUCCCCUCUUUGAAUGGAUCGUCGUCGUCGUCUUCUUUAAAGAGCCCGAAAAAGACAACAAUAUCAUCAUCGUCGUCGACAAGAAACAAUGGUAGUGGUGGUAGAUUAUACAAUGGAGGAGAGCAUAAUAGUGGAUCGUCGGCCGAUGAGAAAGACGUGCAUCAUCAUCAUCAUCAUCAUGGAGUUGUGUCGCAAGGUGCAUAUCCGUCGAUCGUUGGCAAUCGGUUUCGUUGCGCGAGUAUGAACAAAUCAAAGAGAAGAAGAACAAGCGAUACAGUAGCCGACGACGGUACAAUAGUAGUAGUCGCAGUCGCUCGCGUAGCCGAUCCUACAGCAGCGACAGCUACAGCUCGAGGAGUAGAAGUAGGAGUCGGACAAGAAGCAGAAGUAGAGACCGUCGUGGUAGAAGCAGAUCGAGAAGUAGAGACCGUCGCGACAAGUCCCGACGUUCGGGUAGACACAGCUAUAGGAGCACGAGUCGCGAUAGCAAAAGUCGAUCGAGAAACAGACGUAGUGGUGGUACAACCACCACCAAAUCAAGUCGUGGGUCACGACGUUAUGAUUCGAGGAGCCGAUCACGCAGUUACAGCUACAGCGAUAGUAGCCGUAGUCGCAGCAACUCGAGAGGUGGUAAUAAUGGACGUGGUAGUAGCCGCAAGACGACGCGCGGACGUGGAAGAAGUUACAGUCGGAGCACAAGUCGAAGCAGUCAAAGUAGAAGCAGCAGUCGAAGCAGAAGCAACUCUAAAAAUGGUCGUAAUACAAACAACAAAAGAGGUAGAAGUACCUCACCUCGCAACUCCUCCAACAAUAAGAAUGGAUCAGACAAAAAGAAAUUAA